UUUGUAAUUGUGACUCGAAAUUAGAUUGAAGAUGACGAACUAUACAUUGAUUUUAUAAUUAUUAGUUCAAAGAUAAAAGGGCAAAAUAAAAGUGUCAGUGUUAACUGGUGUUAACCAUUGUUUUUACAAUUACUGUGCGUUUACAUUAUUAAAUUGCAAUUAAGAACCGGUAGCGUUUAAUUGUUGUGCUUGUUGUAAUGUUAACCUAAAUCAGUGACAGAUAUAAAGGAACGUAAAAAUUUAAUAAUGGACUGUAUUAAAAGAAAUAAAUGGAUACGGGGAUGAAAUCUCACAAAUCUCUACCGCCGUUAGUCGAAGGCAAAAUUCAUGGUUAUUUAAAACUUGUUAUUGAUGAAGUCAUUUGGUCUAACAGAAGUCCAGGAGAAAUUAAAAUAUUUGCAUCUUGGUGGGGUGAGACUGAAAGUGCUGAAUUUAGACCAGCAGACAUUACAAAAAAUAUUGUAAGAUCAGAACAAGACACUACUGAAAUUUAUGUUAUUCGUACCAGUCUAAGUCUCUUUGAAGAGUAUGUUAAAAAUUGUGAGUGUAUAGAAUUAGCAAUUAUUUCUGAGGAAACUAACAUAGUUGUAGGAAUAUCUAAAAUCGCAGAUUUAUUAGAGAUCUUUGAAGGAAAACCAUGCUUUAAAUAUGUUCCAAUGAUAAAUGAUUCUGGAAAUAAAAUAGGAGAAAUACAUGUUUCUAUGAAAUUAGAGCAUAUUACAAAAUCUCCAAACAUGCAAUUGAAAACACAUAACUAUGAAAAUAAACAAGGUGUUGAUAAUAUCAAGCUUUCAGCUGUUAAUAGCUUUAAGUGUCCAAAAGACAUAGUAGAUGAUACAUACAGUGCAUGCAGAAAAUUGAAACUUGAAGAAAGUGAAAUUUACAAAUCUAUUUUGAAGUCAAGAAGAAUGGAAUUUCAAGAACCUUUGAAAAAAUGUAAUAAUGAGGUAACAGAUAAACUUGUUGCACAGGUUGUUGAAAGGGCACAAAAGCUCAGGGGAGCAAUAUUGAGAGAAACUCAUAAUGAGGAUAUUCUUACUUUUAAUGAUAAUUCAUUAAAUGAAGGUUUACAACUUGAAGAUGAAGUAAAAUUAUGUGAAUAUUUUUUGGGUAAAGACAUGACUCCUUUUGAUGAACAAAAAGCAUUAUAUACUUUAAGAUCAACAUCUCCAACUCCAAGUUUGAUACAUAUUGCAUCUAACAGUUUUAAAGACUAUAAAAAUGAUAAGGAGGAAAUUAUAUCAAAUAAUGUAUCUGUUGAACAAGAAUUUUCAAUGGAAGAAAUAUCAGAAGAAAAACUUGAUAGCAAGUCAAAAGAAACUCUAUUGUUGGAUCAUGUAGAUUGUAUUAGAAUUUUUGUGGAAUCAUUUAAAUUAAGUCCUGCUGGUUAUAGGCGUGUUAAAUCCUCUUGUUUAUCACAUAAUGAUAAUACCUUCUUAUCUGCAACAUAUUUUGUUCAAUAUGAUAUGACAUUUGAUCAUAAUAAGGAAACAGGAAAAAAAUCAGUGAAGAAAAGUAAACCUAUCAGAAUAUGUUCCAAAAUGGAAACAAAACAAGUAAUUUAUUUUAACCAUGGUGGUAUAUAUGGAAUAUCAAAAUUAAAACCAUACACAGAGUAUUUUAUAAAAUACAAAAUAUUUAUCCAACAUUUUAAUAAAAAAUCAUUAACCGAAUUAGGCACUGGUAUUAUGCACAUUAAUGAUAUUAUAAAAAGCGAAAAUUGGAGCAUUGCACAACGUUUGAUUAUUCUUAAUAAAGGAAUAAAAGUUGGCGAGUUAAGUGUAAUUGCGGAAUUAGGUUCAAAUUCUAUUCAUUUUGGAAAGCAGUAUAUUGAUGGUAUAAUGUCUUCCAAAGAAAAUAUUCCUAUUCUGGAGAUACAACGAUCGUUAAGCCAAGAAAGAAACAAUAAAAGAAGUAGAAGUGCAACAGAAGCUCAAUCAAAGACAAGUAGUCAAAUGUCCUCCCUUUCAACAAAAGAUGUUGACUUUAUUACUGCUGAUAAUCACUUACUUGCUACAAAAGAUUCAACAUGGCAUAAGACAGAAAAUAUGGACAGUAAAAAAGUUGAUGCUAAAGAUCAGGAAAAUAAUGUUAAGGACAUGGUUUUACUUCAGGGUUUAAUACAUAUAGCUGAAGGAAAAGAUUUGCCAGAAUUAAAUACGUAUUUAAUAUGUAGAGCAUUUUGGAAGGAGGAUAAAAGUAGGAGUCAAAUCUGUAACAACACAAAAAAUCCAUUUUAUCGGUUCUGUCAAUUAGUACCUCUUAUUCAUGACACCGAAUUACUAGAUCGCAUUAAAGACAAUUACAUAAUCAUUGAAGUUUAUUAUAGAAAUAACAACAUAGAUAAUCUAUUAGGAUUGGCAAAAUUGCCUGUACACCAACUGUACGUUGCAUACAGAGAUCCGCGUGUAAUACCUCACUUGUUACUUUCUAAGUACCCUGUUGUCAGUGUGGAUGGAUGGGUACCAGUUGUUGAUCCUGUCACUGGUCAAUCCUGUGGUCAGUUACUUGCAUUAGUAGCUCUUGGAACUGCAGAACAGAUCGCAUUGUUAGAAAUCUCAAGAGGCUUACGGAAUAUCAAUAUCCCAUCGCAAACGAUAAAUUGUUCAGAAAAUGUUCCUGAAUCCGUAAAGUAUCCACAGAACGCGCAACAGUCCAUAAAAUAUACCACUUACGAAUUGCAACCACAUAUGGAAACAUUUUCGCAAAACGAUGCUCAAUUUUAUGUUACCGAUAAAACUGAAAGAGAAAUGCGCUCUAUAAAUUCAAAAACGCAAGAGUGCCAGACAGAUAUAUCGACUGUCAAAGAAUUUAAGUUUAAUAUAGAAACAGAAGAAGAAACUCCAACUUCGGAACAUUCAGUGUUACAUACUUUAGUUGGUCGUUUAACAGAAGUUUUAAAUGUUAACAAAACAAACGUAGAUCAAGUAGCGCAAACUGAAAUAAGUUUGGAUGAAAAACAGCACGUAGAUGUAGAAGAACAUAUGUGUAUAAACGGAUUGAAUUUAAAUAACAGUUCCGAUGACAGUGAUAGUAGUAGCACUAGACACAAUUUUCAUUUACCUACAGAAACGUAUAGAAGUGUUGGUGUUGGUGCAGAAUAUAAUGAAGGAAUAGAUCACCAACCAAACAUUGGUUAUGACAAUACAACAUUUGAUUUGCCAAUUGCAAUUCAUACAGAAAAGAAAUCAACGGAUUCGGUGCAUGACCAAACAAUGUUUCGAGCUGUUAUAGAGAUCGAAUGUGCAAUGCAUUUACCAAAAAUAGAAAAAACUAACGAAACCAUUGAGCCUAGUACAUAUGUAUCUUUUCAGGCCAAUAAAUCUGAUCCUUCAAAACAUUUAAAUUCGUACAUGAUUACCAAUAUUUUCCCACAUAGUUGCAAUCCUAAAUGGAACUGGAAAUGUGACGCAAAACUGCCAACAGAAUUGCUUUUACACGAUGAAAAAAGAUUGAUUUUAAAAAUUUGGCGUAUAUUCGAUGCAGACACUAGUACACAAAUAAACUUAGAAAGAGAUAUCGUUAUUGGAUUUUCCGCUAUUGACCUUUCUGUCUUAAUUAGUGGUUUUCCUAUAGUAUCUGGAUGGUUUCAUAUAAUGGACUUCACUGGAAAAUGCAAUGGACAAAUUAAAGUAUCUAUAACACCACUGGAUAAUUUAUCAUUGUUUGGAAAACCAACAUCAACAUUAAGUACAACGCGAAUUCCAACAUGUAAUGCAUUGCACUUAAAUUGGUUUCCAUCACAUACCUCUGAGAUGCACUCUGAUGAUACAGAAAGAAAUAAUACCAAUUACGCUAUAUUAACAUCUGCACAAGAAGAAGAUAAAUCAAUACAUAGUGAAAAUCAGUUUACCGAUCCUGUAUCGCAUGUUGGCCUUGAAGAUGUGUCUAUGUCAUUCUUAUCUUUAUCCUUGAAGACAAAAUUAACUGAAUUAGAUGAAAUUACGAAACGUCUAGAAUUGCGACUACGCGAUGUUACGAAUACAGCUUUCGAAGAUGACUUUGAAAAUGAAUUUGAUUUAAAUGAACCAAAUAGUGAUAAUGAAAAUAACGAUUAUAAAAAUGCAGAUAGCAUGAUGUCUGCCACGGCAGCUAAUUAUACUAAUAAAAUAUGUCAAUUACCUAAGUCAGAUAAAAAAUUAUUGCAUAAUAGAGAUAUCAUAGAGAACGGAAAUCAAAUUGUGUCGAGUGGAAACGAAAUUAGAAAACGCUCGUCUGAACCCUAUAUUAGUCAUAACGCGACAGUUAGUUAUGAACAAAUUAAACCUGGUGCCUCUACAAUGUCGAGUUAUAGUAAACAAAGUUUAUCGAAUGAUAAUUGCCAAAUACAACAUCGAAGCGAACAUUUAAUGCAAAAUAUUAAAACUUUAGAUAAUAACUUUGCUGAUUAUCCAGAACGAGGAACAAAAACUCAUAUAAAUUAUUUACUUGACAAGUUGUCUUUACAAUUUCCCCCACAAUCACGUUCGACUACAACUAUACCGAUAAGGAAAAAUACUACAGGUUUAUCGAAAAAUUUACCACAAGAUAACAGUUCACAAGGUAGUAAUAAAUGUAGUCAAGAACUCAGAGUAUGCACGGUACCUACCCAAACGGACGAUUUAGAUCAGCAGAAUAUCCCAGCUUUCAAAGGCCAACUAAUAAAUCGUUUCACUAAUGGAGAUGAUGCAUGUAUUAAUAGAAAUUCACCUGAAGUAUCUGCACAAUCACAAGUCACUAACAAAAUGUCUACAGUAAUCCGUGAAGAACUAGUUGCCGAGGAAAAUAAUGAUACAUCGAAAUGUGACGAAUUAACAACUUAUCUGGUAGCCUCGAACAUUCGUCAUAUGGAUUUAAAUAAUAUUUUUAGUCCACUUUUAUAUCAGCAUUUAGUGCCAGACUUACAUUACUCAAAUACAUCACCAGAGGAAGAGGCCAUUGAACAAUUAGAUAAUCGCUAUACUAAAGCUUUUAGUACGUCGAUAGAUACUAGACUCAAUAAAGUGCAGAAUUUAAUGGAGAUCGAUGGAUCGUUUCCAGAAAAUGCUGAACAGUUUAGAAUGACACCAUCUGGAGUAUCGGGAAAUAUUGACGAUAAGAUUGAUUUAACUGUUCUCCAUAAAUCCAGUUACAAUGAUCUACUAUCGAGUAAUAGUACAGAAUCAACUGCAACUAUAUCGCCUGAAAAAACUUCGAUAAAAUCAAUCGACACAGAUACGACUGAAAAUAAUUAUCCUACUUCCUCUCAAACGUCUGUUCUUGUAUUGUCGAGGCAAGCUCCCGAUGGCGGUAACCCUAUAGAAGAUGCCACAAAACCGUUGACUGGGCAACAGAAAGAUGAAGCGCAAGAUUCAUCAUCGAGUAGUUCUAAUUGAUAUGCAAUGGAAUUAUUAAGUCAAUAAUUAAUAUUAUGAUGUAUAUUCGUAAGCAUAUAACUUAACUAUAAUAGCAAUUAUUUCCCGAUUGCACGCAGUAUAUACAAAAACAAAAUUCUGUGAAUUUGGAACUACAUUUCAUUAAGGUAUUUUAGCCUGAAUAUGUAAAAAUUAGGGCAUUUUUAGAAUUUUAUAAAAUGAUAACUAUUUCAGAUGUUUCUUUGAAACUUUGCACGGUCGUUGAUACAUAUUUUAUUGAGUUAUAUACAUUUGUUUAUACGAAAAUACGUAAUAGUCUUAAAAAUAUAGGCAUUGUGACAAAAAAGGUCCCUUAUGCUUGACGUGAUCUCGGCAUUCUUAAUGAACAGAGUAAAAAAAAACAAUUAAAUAUAUUAUUAAUCUAUAUAAGCAUGGCUCUAGUUCGAACUAAAAGUAGCGAAAAGUCGUAGAUGAAAUAUUGAUUUAUUCGUAAAAAAUUGUUCAACAUAAUAGUUUUAAAAAAUAUUUAAAGUAGCACUGUCUACAUUGCUUUUUCGUGAUAUUGAUUCUUUCACAAUAUAAUUUUACUAACGACAAACUUUAAAGGAUAUCACUGUUGCCACUUAUACGCGUACACACACGCAUAUUAACACAAAGGUAAUACCUGAUAUUAAUCGGUAGUUUUCCUUUCGUGUGGACUGAUUACCAUGUAUACGUAAUAAUAACAUCAGUGCAAAAAUAUAUAUUAUCAAAUAGAA